UAAUUACAAUCGACAUAAUUCGCAACAAGAUAAAUGAAAACGAGGUUAAAAUGAAAUAAUAAUAGAAACAGAGAAUUGAGAUUUCCAUCAGCUUUGUUGGUGAAUAGUAAGCAAACAGUCUUCUUCUUCGGCACUUCCCAAGCUUCUCUCCGGACCCCAAAGCCAUAGCAGAGAAAAAGAGGAAUCCAUUUAUCAGAUUUGACUGCUACAAACUAGUGCUUUUUGUUGGUGGGAUCUUAAUCAGGAGAGAAAAUGCAAACUUCGACAUAUGCAGCCAAAGGAAGCAUAGGUUUGGAAUUACAAAACCGCAGGGUCUUUCCUCGUUUCGGUGAAUUUAGGAAGCAAAGUUCAUGUGUCAAGAAUCUGAGGGUUACAAAUAACACCACUUCCUCCGGUUUGCGCAUUGGUUCAGUGGUUAUGGGAGCCGAGUUUGGCCGUCCUAGAACCCGAAUCGAAGCUGUGUUUAGGCCCAGAUCAGUCAAGGCUAGAGCUUCUGGUGGAGACAUUGAGGAUGUUGAUGUCACUGCUCCCCAGGGCAAAUCUUCUGGAACAGUUUUGCCAUUUGUUGGUGUUGCUUGUCUGGGAGCAAUUCUGUUUGGUUAUCAUCUAGGGGUGGUGAAUGGUGCUCUUGAAUACCUUUCCAAGGAUCUUGGAAUUGCUGAAAAUGCUGUUUUACAAGGAUGGGUUGUUAGCACACUCCUGGCUGGUGCCACUCUUGGUUCAUUUACUGGUGGUGCAUUGGCUGAUAAAUUUGGCAGAACAAGGACUUUUCAACUAGAUGCAAUCCCUCUUGCUGUUGGAGCAUUUCUUUGUGCGACAGCACAGAGUGUGCAGACUAUGAUAAUUGGUAGGUUACUUGCUGGCAUUGGAAUUGGCAUCUCAUCUGCACUUGUGCCACUUUACAUAUCUGAGAUCUCACCAACUGAAAUUCGUGGUGCGCUUGGGUCUGUCAAUCAACUUUUUAUUUGUAUUGGGAUUCUUGCAGCAUUGGUGGCUGGAUUACCUCUAGCCAGAAACCCUCUAUGGUGGAGGACAAUGUUUGGUGUUGCUGUUGUCCCCUCUAUUCUAUUGGCUUUGGGAAUGGCAUUUUCUCCAGAGAGUCCUCGGUGGCUUUUUCAGCAAGGAAAGAUUUCUGAAGCUGAAAAAUCAAUAAAAACACUCAAUGGAAAGGAAAGAGUCGCUGAGGUUAUGAAUGAUCUCAGAGAAGGGCUUCAAGGUUCUUCUGAACAGGAAGCUGGGUGGUUUGAUCUAUUUAGUGGCCGCUACUGGAAAGUUGUGAGUGUUGGCGCAGCACUUUUCUUGUUCCAACAGUUGGCCGGCAUAAAUGCUGUGGUGUACUAUUCAACAUCUGUGUUCCGCAGUGCUGGAAUUGCUUCUGAUGUUGCAGCCAGUGCUCUUGUUGGGGCAUCAAAUGUCUUUGGCACAGCCAUAGCAUCCUCUUUGAUGGACAGGCAAGGAAGGAAAAGUCUUCUAAUAACAAGCUUUGCUGGGAUGGCUGCUUCAAUGAUGCUGCUUUCCUUCUCUUUCACUUGGAGUGCCCUGGCACCAUACUCUGGCACCCUUGCUGUACUUGGCACUGUUCUCUAUGUGUUGUCCUUCUCUCUUGGUGCUGGUCCUGUCCCUGCUCUUCUUCUUCCAGAAAUAUUUGCCUCUAGAAUCAGGGCAAAAGCAGUUGCUUUAUCAUUAGGCAUGCAUUGGAUCUCAAACUUUGUGAUUGGGCUUUACUUCUUGAGCGUUGUAAACAAGUUCGGGAUCAGCACAGUUUACUUGGGAUUUUCAGCCGUCUGUCUUCUUGCUGUCUUGUACAUAGCUGGUAAUGUUGUGGAAACAAAGGGGCGGUCCUUGGAGGAAAUAGAGAGAGCUCUUAACCCUGCAACUUAAUCAGGAUGAUCUUUAGAGUGCUGGUGUUAAUAAUUACUGCAAGCCACAGAUUUUGUGCUAUAAAAGAUCUCCUUACGGAUAGUGUUCCUUUGUUCUUAUGAGACUCAAACUUGGGGGCCAACUCGUUCGUUGCUUCCCACCUUUUGCGGGUAUAUGUUUGGACAGUUUACCUUAGAUCUAUCCAGACUUAUGGUGGCUGUAGGAACCCUAGGACACUGGCUCAGUUGAAUCAGGUUGCUGUAUCAUAUAUGGACCGAUUUUUUCAUGUUUUGUCACUUGGUUGGAUAUCUCAAUAACUUGGUUUGCAGUUUA